UAGCCCUACUGUGAGUAUUUGGUGCUUAUUGCUUAUUGCGAUUACCGUCGGAAUCACACGCGAUAACAGCGCAGUGUCGGAAACUAGUUUCUAGAUUUUCAUGAUGAAGUGAAGACUUGGGUUUUCGCAAGGUCCAGAAUGACUAAAGAGUUUAUAAUGGAUUCUAGUGACCGACUGAAGUAUUUUAUUGCCAUUUUUACAUCGGUAACAUUUAUUCCCGGUUGGGUUUUCGGACUAUACUUGGGCUACGCAGUUCUUAAAGAAAAUGUCGAAUUAAUACAUCAACGAGCUGGUUAUGAUGUUCGUCUGCAAUGCGGAAUCAAGAGUUUGGUGAAAGAGAAUAAUAUGGCUGAAACCAAAAUCUAUUGGUUUUUUAAGCAAUUUUGUGGGAAAGUUGUAGACCAUACCGAUUGCCAUGAUUGGUUGCAGAUACCGUGCGAAGAGAAUUUAUGCAAAUCUGAAUUGCUGCUCCGUAAUAUUACUGAAGAGUAUUCAGGCUUAUACAAAUGUACAUCAAUCCCUUUAGAAAGGAAAUCUGGUCAAGUACUUGAUGUUCAAUUGGUUCGAACUUAUCAACUCGAUGUGAAAACAAAAAGUACGGCUAUACUACAAUUUAUUGACCCAUAUCUCAUGAACAAAACUGCGGUUGUAAACGACCAAGUUGUACUCCAGUGCAGAAUAUACUGUGAGGAGCAUCCGACAAUUAAAUGGUUUCGUCGCAUCUCAACAUCUCUACCCAACGGCUUGGAAUAUAUCACGGAUAGCGGCGAUAAGUUCAACACACAUUUUGUCAACUACAAUGGACAUAUCUACGAGCUUCUACACAGAGCACGGGAAAAAUUCAUUGGUGACGGUAUAUUUCUCAGUAAAUUGAUAUUAAAUGAAGUGCGUGCGAGGGACGAGGGGUUCUACGCUUGUGCUGCGAUUAGUAAUCAUGGUUUUAUAAUACGUGAAGCUUACCUUGAAGUUAAUUUUCCGGAAGACACGAAAUAUUUGGCAAAUUAUAGUGUUAAUGAGGAUGCAUACACGGAUUCAAGUGAUUUCUGCAUGCUGUUUUUUAUGCCCUUGGGUCUAGUGCUGUUUCCAUCGUUAGUGUGGGCGAGCUAUUUGAUUUAUAAAAGAUAUCUGGUACGCGCUGAGACUAAGACAGAGGUAAAAAUUUAUUCAGAGGACUUUAGAGAGGCUGUUAAUAUGUUGUGAGUGCGUAGGUUAUGAUUUCAAUAGAGAAAACGCUCGUAUAAAUAUUUUAUUCUAUAGGGUAAGCUUGUAUGUGUUCUAUUUUUAUCAUGUUUCCAUAAGGAAGAGAAGAGCAAUGAGACGCUUAUAAUUUAUUUUAUUUUUUACGACAUUCAUAUGUAUAUAUAUAUAAUUUUCCAAUAGUUGUGCUAAAGAUAUCCUUUUUGCCUACUCUGACUGAGCAGCCAAGCACAACGUAGUGGUCAGUAUACUACAG